GCGCCAACGUGUAACCAUCUCUCACUCCCUCCACUAAAUAUUUUAAUAUUCAAUCCGUCGGUGACCUUGACAUUAGCAAGCAGUCAGUCGUCUCUCUCUCGUGGUUAUCUCUCUCUCCGCAACAACACUCAAUCUCAGAUCCUCUCACUCUCUCAAUCUCCGGCGCCCCCCAUUCCGGUCCCUUCUCAACCCAUCAAAACGCAGCGUUUCGUUCUUCAUUUCCAGUUUCGUUGAAUUAAAGCAUGACAAUCUUAAACAAUGGCGAUUGGUUGAGAAUCCCACUGAUCCUGAAAGUCUUUGGCUUUGCUAUGGUCUCAAUCACCUUCUUCUACCUCGGCAAGCACUGGUCCGAUGGGUCCCAGCAGCUCCUCUUCUUCACCACAACGCGUCGAGCCCCUUCCACCGUCUCCCUCUCACCCAAUCAAAACAAGCCUUUCAAUCUCUCCUCCCUCAUCCCCCAAGGCCCGCCUCCAUCGCCUCCUCCUCCUUCCCCGCCUCCGCCGCCGCCGCCCGAUGUGAUCCAGAGAUUCGGAAUCGUCGACGAGAAUGGCACCAUGUCUGACGAGUUCGAGGUCGGGGAUUUCGAUCCCGAUGAGGUGGUGGAGAAUUGGGGGAGUGGGAACGGGUCGGUGGCUGAGAGCGAAGGGAGUGGCACCGGUAAGAUUAGUGUUAAGAGGUUCGAGCUCUGCCCGAAGAGUAUGAGCGAGUACAUACCGUGUUUGGAUAAUGUGGACGCCAUUAAGAGGCUCAAAUCGACUAAGAAUGGCGAGAGAUUCGAGCGGCAUUGUCCAGAGCCCGCUCGGGGCUUGAAUUGCUUGGUUCCGCCGCCCAAGAAUUACAAGAGCCCAAUUCCAUGGCCUAAAAGCCGCGACGAGGUUUGGUUCAACAAUGUACCUCAUACUCGUCUAGUCGAAGAUAAAGGGGGUCAGAACUGGAUUACACGACAGAAGAACAAGUUUAAGUUUCCUGGAGGUGGUACACAGUUUAUACAUGGAGCAAAUGAAUACUUGGAUCAUAUUUCUAAGGUGGUCCCUGACAUCACCUUUGGUCAACAUAUCCGAGUUGUUUUGGAUGUUGGAUGUGGUGUUGCAAGUUUUGGUGCGUAUCUGCUGUCACGAAAUGUAGUUACAAUGUCAAUUGCACCUAAAGACGUCCAUGAGAACCAGAUUCAAUUUGCUCUUGAGCGUGGGGUUCCUGCAAUGAUAGCAGCAUUUGCAACUCACCGUUUGUUGUACCCAAGCCAGGCAUUUGACUUGAUACAUUGCUCACGAUGCAGGAUUAAUUGGACUCGUGAUGAUGGGAUAUUGCUGCUCGAGGUUAAUAGGAUGCUCAGGGCAGGUGGAUACUUUGUUUGGGCAGCACAGCCAGUUUAUAAGCAUGAAGAUGUUCUAGAGGAGCAGUGGCAAGAAAUGCUAAACCUCACCACACGCCUUUGCUGGGAGUUUGUGAAGAAGGAUGGCUAUAUUGCAAUAUGGAAAAAGCCUUUAAACAACAGCUGCUAUCUAAAUCGGGACCCAGGAACCAAACCUCCAUUGUGUGAUCCAAGUGAUGACCCAGACAAAGUUUGGUAUGUUGAUCUGAAGGCAUGCAUCACAAGACUCCCUGAAAAUGGUUAUGGAGCAAAUGUCACAAAAUGGCCAGACCGUUUGCAAACUCCCCCUGAUAGGCUUCAGAGCAUACAAUUCGAUGCCUAUAUAUCCAGAAAAGAGCUCUUCAGGGCAGAAUCUAGAUAUUGGCAUGAAAUAAUUGAAAGUUAUGUUCGUGUUUUACAUUGGAAGAAGAUUAGAUUAAGAAAUGCAAUGGACAUGAGAGCUGGCUUUGGAGGAUUUGCAGCUGCACUAAUUGAACAAAAUUUGAACUCUUGGGUUAUGAAUGUGGUUCCUAUUAGCGGCCCGAACACCUUACCAGUUAUAUAUGACCGUGGACUUAUUGGAGUUAUGCAUGACUGGUGUGAACCAUUUGAUACAUACCCACGAACCUAUGAUUUAUUGCAUGCAGCCGGCCUCUUCUCUAUUGAGAAAAAAAGAUGCAAUAUAUCGACAAUCAUGCUGGAGAUGGACCGAAUGCUAAGACCCGGUGGACGUGUAUACAUCCGUGACUCUCUUGCUGUCAUGGAUGAACUUCAAGCGAUCGGAAAUGCCAUGGGUUGGCACAUCAAUUUGCGAGACACAUCUGAGGGGCCUCAUGCAAGUUAUAGACUCAUUAUUGCUGAUAAACGCCUCUUGACUAGUUGAAGCAUUGGAAGACUAGAUUGUAUUUUACAGCUCAUCUUCCGAAAGGGAAAAUGACUAACACCAGCAUCACUUAAGAUGCCACGAGCUGAACUUACUCGGUUCAAGCGUAAUGAGAGAGAAAAUUCUUUUGAUUGUGUGUAGUGGGUUGGGUAGGGCAAACCUCAGAUCAGUGUCAAAACGCAAUCUGAAUAUUGAGGAUUCUGAGUUGGUACUUGACACUACUAUAGAGAAUCCCCCACCUGUUUUCCUUGUGAAAAAAAAAAUCAGAGUGCGAGUGAGUUUAGAUUAUGUUUUA